UUGAAAACAUGUCGCCCAAGCUCCCUAUGACUGAGGAAACUUCAAGCCCCAGCUGUCCUGUGAAGCUUGGUUAUGCGCAGUUUAAGACUUAGGUCAUUUAAAUGUAUUUUCGAAAUGGCUGCACAAGUCAGUGUAGUACGCGUCCAAGUAGAAGAAAAACAAAGGGAAAAAGAGAAACAUAAAGAACGGAGACGAAAGAAAAGAGAACACUCUCCGCUGAGGAAGACUGUUCAAGAAGCGAAGAGAAUGAAACAAGAUCUCGGUAUUCAGUUUGGUUAUCGCCAUAGUCCACUUAAUACGGAAGUGUUACUUGAGUCCUCCAAGAAAAUGGCAAAGCAUCCUUCUCCCAUUUCGUUAGCGAGCCCAGCGGUGUUUACCUUGGCUGCAGUUAACGUCUCUAAGAUGAAGGACCAAAACGACAAAAGCAAAGAAAAGGAGAAGAAGCACAGGUUGAAGAAGAAGGCCAGUGACAACAGUGCCAAGAUUGUUACGAAGGAAACGCUUGAUGAAAACUGCAAUUCUCAGUGUACUGAUGAGUAUCUCCUCAAAAAGAUGAAAAAGAAGAAGAAAAAGAAACACCGAGAGAAUGUGAGAGGGAAGCGGCUUAAAAUGUAUAACAAAGAAGUACAGACUGCGUGUGCUGGGUUAACUCGCAUCUUUCAUGAUAUUCUUCAGGACGAUCACUCCAGCAAGCUUAUUGAGUCUGAACUUGAUGAUGAAUCUUUUAGGUAUCUCAAGGAAGAAAAACUUUGUCGAUUGAAUCUAGACAUGGACCAGUGCAGUAUACCCAAGACUGUGCAGAUGCCAUUCAUGUCCCAUGAAGAAUAUUGCAUACGCAGUAAAAUCUUACAGACUGGUACCAAGUAUAGUCGUUUUCUGCAUGAGGAGCAGCAGAUAAAUGGUGGGGCUUCCGUACUACAUGCUUAUAUGGAUGAACUGUCAUUUUUGUCUCCUGAAGAUGUGGAAGGAUUUGCUGAUGAAUUUCUUAAUUUAACAUUCAAAGAAAAUGAGAAAAAUGCAUCUUGCUACUCGUUAGCAAUAGUCCAUGGUGCAGCUGCAUAUCUGCCAGAUUUUCUAGAUUAUUUUGCAUUUAAUUACCCAAACACUCCAGUAAAAAUGGAAAUCCUAGGAAAGAAGGAUAUUGAAACAACCACCAUUUCCAAUUUUCAUGCUCAGGUUAAUCGAACAUAUUGUUGUGGAACAUACCGAGCAGGCCCAAUGCGGCAGAUCAGCCUUGUUGGAGCAGUUGAUGAAGAAGUUGGAGAUUUUUUCCCAGAGUUCCUUGAUAUGUUAGAAGAGUCACCAUUUUUAAAGAGAACACUGCCUUGGGGAACCCUUUCCAGUCUUAAGUUGCAGUGCAGGUCUCAAAGUGAUGAUGGCCCUAUAUUGUGGGUAAGACCAGGUGAACAGAUGAUUCCUACAGCAGACAUGCCAAAGUCGCCUUUUAAACGUCGCAGGUCAAUGAGUGAAAUAAAAAACUUGCAGUACCUACCACGGACCAGUGAGCCUCGGGAAGUGUUGUUUGAAGAUCGAACUAGAGCCCAUGCUGACCAUGUAGGUCAGGGAUUUGACUGGCAAAGUACUGCUGCAGUUGGCGUCUUGAAAGCAGUACAUUUUGGGGAAUGGAGUGACCAGUCUCGGAUAACCAAGGACGUAAUCUGUUUUGAUGCUGCAGAUUUUUCUGAUGUUGUAGCUAGAUUGCAGUUAGACCUGCAUGAGCCACCAGUGUCUCAGUGUGUACAGUGGGUGGAUGAAGCUAAACUAAAUCAGAUGAGGAGAGAAGGCAUUCGCUAUGUAAGGACCCAGCUUUGUGACAACGAUAUUUACUUCAUUCCUCGAAAUGUUAUACAUCAGUUUAAAACUGUGUCAGCUGUCUGCAGCCUAGCAUGGCAUAUACGGCUCAAGACGUAUCAUCCAGAAAAGGAGACAAGUCCUGAGCAUAGUACCAGUACUGGGUGUAAUACCUCUGAGCCUAAACCAGAAGUCCAGAGCAUCAACAAUGACAGUGAUUUAUCAGAAGUGAACGAAGCAGUUACAACUUCUAGAACUUGUUCACCAACAAAUUCUUUGGGCACUUCAGAUGGCGAUGUCAGUGGUACAGUUAAAACACAGAGAAAACCAAGAUGAUUAUUGAAAUCCUCGCAUUGUGUAUAUAGUUAAGCUAAUUUUAUUUUUUUUUAUUUAGAUGUCUGGUAAUACUUUUUAAAAGUUUUAAUACACUGUUUUAGCUUAUAGUUUUUUUGGGGGGGAUAUUCUGCAGUUUCAGUGAAUGUGGCAAUUUUUAGAAGUUAUGAAAAUUAUAUGUGAAGAUGCACAUUUUAUCUAUCGCUUAUUUCUAAAGGGCAGUCUCAAUGUUUUUAGUAAAUCGUUGAAUUAGCAGCCUUGUACUGUGCAACAUCACUUAAAAAUGUUGCUGAUUUUGAAUGUAUAAAUCCACAUAAUAUUCUGAACUACUGUUUACCAGCAGAUGAGCAGUCUGUUCAAUGAACGUAAAUUUGGUCAUUCAUUCUAAAUAGCUUCACAAAACAUAUUGUAUAUAUAGUGAAGUGCAUAGUUAUAUUGAAAGACUGUUCAUCUUUUUAUCCUAGAAAUCAUAUGUUUUCUCUUGUUAGCUUAUGUUUUGUCUGAUGUUGCAGUGUAUUUACUAUUGUAUUUCUGUUGCAGUGAGCUUUCUUUGCCUCCUUUCACUUUUUGUUUUGUUUCAGCUAGCUAUUCAACAAAAUUUAAAAUUAUAGAUAAACACAAGUCCUCAAAAACCAAAUUGCAGGAAACUAGUAACUUGAGGACACGUUUGUAGUUUGUCUUAUUUUUGUACUGCCUAACUACUGUUCGUAAUUAUGUUUUAAAAGAAUGCUAUUGCUCAUCAGAUAAAUAUCUUUUUUACAUGUAUUAGAAAGUAAAGUAUAGAACAAAGUGGCAGCUAGUUUUAGUGGCAGCUCAUUUCUGCCUUAUUUGUAUGUGCAUGUAUGUUUUUUGAGAAUGUGUUUUAAUUUAUGUGUUCACAGCCUAUCCAGAAGUAUCAUAUCUUUACUAGGGAGAAGUGAAAGUCAGCUGCAUGGUUGUAUCUCUUACGUUGUCAUUUCACUUCUAAAUAUUUCCUUCCUUUGGUGGGGGGAGGGACAUUGCACUUUUAAUAUGCUUUACUAUAGGAAGAAUUGCAGGAAAAGAUUAGGUAUGAUUGAAAAGACACCAUAUUUUUAGCCACAUUGAAAAAGGGAAAGAUCCUCCUGUGAACUGCUACAGAAUAGAAGUUGCAACAUCCUGGUCCUGUGCUGGUUAUUUUAAGGGAGAGUUUUGAUAGGUAGUUAACACAGCUGAACCACCAGAUCACCAAGUCUAGGUUACAGCAUUAAGCACAUACUUGGUUGAAUGUGUGGGUUCUCCCUGUCUAACUGUUAAGUACACCUCCUUGGAGGUAAUGGCAGUAUGUAUCCACAGUGGCUGUUUUUUGUCAAAAAUAAUUGGAUUUUUAGCAAGUCACUUUCGGAACUGUGCAUCCUUUGAGUUAUCUAUCAAGAAGUUACCUUACUUCCUUUUAAGGUGCAUAGCGACAGUGGGUUUUCUGAGUUGCUUCUAAAAUACACAUGAAAGUUAAGCAGAAAGUGGACCUGUAGCUCAUUUUUGUGAAGCUGCUCAUCUAGAGUACUAAAUAAUUUUAGUGCUGCUUUUUGUCUUGGCAGUUUUGAUUUCCUACUUCCUUUGCGAUGUCUGUACUAGGUAGUUUCCUAAAAAUGUGGUUAUGCCUAAUGCAUCACUAACAAGUUACUUAUGUUGUGUGAGCAGUCAAAGGCAUCAUUUGCAUGGUACUUAAUUGCAACAGAGGUGUGGCACCUAGUGAAACAUUAAGUUGCAGAUUUGCAUUCUUACUGAGCACUUAUUCCUGCUUGCUACACUUCUAUUAGAAAAUUUUGCAAUAGAAACAUAUGCAAUUUCCAGAGUGAGAAAUAAAAUUGGGUGUAUUCCUUUGUUUUGCUUUUCAGAAUGCAUCACCAAGGACACACAAUGGCAAUAUAUUGGUGCCACUCUUUGUAAAUGGGGGAUUAAUCAAUCUGUUAAAUCAAAAACAUAAUACAGAGCUAUGAAAAGCAUUCAGAAAUGGAGCUGUUAGACUUAGACUUUGCACUUUUGUUUGGCACUAUAGAUUAGUGGGGAAAUGAACUCUGUUGGUUUGAUGUUCAGUCCAACAAACUCCACCUCUGUUAUGUGCAACUUCAAGCGCAUCUUAUAGUUUGUGCCUGUUAGUCAUCACCCUUGAUAAGCACUUUUAUCCCAUUGAUCUUCAUGAUUAAUUGUAAUAAGUAAAUGUAAGGCUUUUGUUUAAUAUAUACAAGUAAUUAUAAAAAAAAUACAUUGAAUGCAAUUACUGAAAUUAGAUCCUAAAAGCAUUUAGAGUUGUUGGCAUUCCAGACCACAAAUUAUGUAUGUUUUUUGCUAUCUAGGACUCCAGGAAUAAGAAUGUAGGCAUACUGUUGUUGAUAGUUGGAUUGCUUUAUCCUUUGCAUUUCAAGCUGUGUGGAUAUGAUUUAUUGAAUUAUGUAAUUUCUGUAACUGGAGACCCUUUUUCUGACUUGAUUGAUUUUGCAGGGCUUUCACCUUUUAAUCCUUAGUAGGUGUGUUGCUUUACUGAUGAUGAUCAUCCUCACAGGGCUGAAGCUGGGCUUUUGUCAGUUAUAAUGUUCAACAUGUGAUCCCUGCUGUAGUAGCUUAAGCUAUUUUGCUUAUAUCUGCCAAGGAUAGAAUUAACUUGGCCAGCCUUUCAAAGCUUAGUUGCACUUCACAGAUUCUUAUUGCCAGGAGGUUGAGCACAGCUCUGUAUUAAGGGUAGAGAGUCAAAAACUUCAGAGCUGUUGCCACUGCAGUGUGCUAUUCCUCCUGGCUUUAUGGAGCUGGUGGUUGAGUAGUGAUGCUUCAAGGCUGGGCAUAUGUCACCUGCUGAGGAAAACUUUCCACUACCUUUUUUUUUUUGAUGAAUUUAUUUCAUCUAGUAAACUUAUUUUAUACAGGCUGCCAUCCUUGUCUGAGGAACUUUUACUGCAGUGAAUACAUGUGUUAAUUUUUUGGGGGUAAAAUUUGAAUCUUCCCAUUUAUCACUUAUGGUUUCCGUUCCGAGCCCUCGGAACCAUGU